AAGGUCUGCGCCGAGAUGGUAUUUUCAAGUCUCAUUUCAAGAAGAACCAUGGCAACAAUCAAGUCAGCUAAAAGCGCGCUGCGCAAAGAAAUUCAAGCUGCGAUCGAAAAAAUUGAGGAUGGAGAGAAAAAAAGACAAUCUAUUCAAGUUGUUCAAAAGCUUCUCGCUUUGCCGCAAUACAAAGAGAGCAAAAGAAUAUCCGUGUAUUUAAGCACGAAAGAUGAAAUCGAUACCUUACCAAUAUUGAAAGACAUUUUCGAAAAUAAAAAGGAAGCUUUCGUCCCAAGAUACGAGGGUAAAAAAAUGUGUAUGGUGAAACUCGAUUCUUUGGAAGAUUAUGAAAAACUACCGCUCACUAAAUGGAACAUAAAGCAACCCUUAGCGAGCGACGCGAGAGACGAUGCUCUUGAAACAGGAGGCUUAGAUUUGGUUAUCCUGCCCGGGGUGGCAUUUACCGUCACGGGAAAACGAUGCGGCCACGGAAUGGGAUAUUAUGACAAAUUUCUUCAAAGCUGCGUGGAAAAACAAUCAAAAAAGCCUCAUCUAAUCGCGGUCGCUUUCAACGAACAGAUGCGCGACGAUAUUCCGACUUCCGAAAGCGACGUUCUCCUCGAUUUGAUAGUUACUGAGAAAUUACGUGUAUAGUCAUGACAUUUGAGAUUUUCCAUUCUUUUUUCAUUCCCUUAUCUAUGAAUUUAUUCUUAUUGUAUUUGAAAAAAAUACAUGUUUGACUGAAACUCACCGCUUAUCGACUUUUCCUCCACAUCAACAAACGUCACUUCAAACUGUUGCUCGGAUGCAAUUUCUUGCAGGAACUGUACCAAAUUUAUAACUCCGUUGUUCAAGCAAGUAUUC